AUGGUCACAAUAUGCCUCCAGCGAAGGGAGACGAUACAUCCCGCGGCCGAUUCAAUGACGAAGAGACACUUGGCUGCCCCGCGAAAGGACGUGACGGACAUCGUGGGCAAGGAGAUGCUCCUCUUUCGAUGCCCCAUGGGGCGAGAGUACGAAGAAAUAAUAGCUAUGGACCUCCCCUUUGUCCUUUUCAUACCAUUCGGUAGAGGCGGACAGGAAACCUCGAGACGGCUACCACCCGCGAGCUUGCAACUGGGCAGCCGAACUGCUGAGACAUACUACGAAUUAGUCGUGAUGGUGCAACAGGGCCAGGCAGAGCAGAGAAAGUACUCCUUCCCUGUCCCUAUGUCGAGAUACGAUACCUUAUCCACGUUUGGCAUGUACAAUCGACCGGAAGCGGCAGAGCGUGUGUCAGAUCAUCUUAUCACUCUCGGUAUAUCGUUACCUCGAUGGUCAUAUGGGCCUUUCGAUCCUGUCAGUGUAUAUGUGAAGCUGUCGCCCAACCCGGACUGGAUGAGCAAGGUUCGCAAAGUGACAAUACAGAAAAUUACCCUUUCAAUUGACGAGGAGAUAGUCUACAACCACGAAGGCGACGAACCGGUCCGCAAGGGAAAAACACUCGCCAAGCGAUCGGAGUCAGUCAAUCUAAAGAUGCCCGAAGCCGGAUACCUCACCAACCUCGGCCUCGUUUUCCCUGCAAGAGACUUGCGCGAUUCAGACGGCGUACUACCACGAGGGAAACCAGCAUUCCCAAGUUACGCCGUCAGCGCAUUUACAACCACCGCCUCUCUGUAUAAAAUAGAAUAUUAUUUGACAGUCAAGGCCCAUCUCACAUCAGCGAAGGACAUAGUCCUAAGACAACCCAUUGUUGUCUGUCCUCUAGACCACGCUGGUUGCAAGGAGGAAAUGGAGGCCAUUGAGCAGGCUGCGCGCGAGGCGAGAAACAUCAAUCCCGACAACCCUAUGCUUCCACUACCAACUAUCGUCCGCGCCAGUGAUCCCAACGCCCUCCGCUAUCUCAACGUCGCAAUCGUGGGAAAUACCAAGAAACCUAUAAUAGAAUAA